UGCUACUAUGUUAAAUGACACAUUUGUUCGUCCUGCAAUGUUUUAUCUUAACGGGUUUUCCGACCUGCCUCAUGCUACAUAUUUCUAUGUGUUCCUGUGCUUUGUGUACAUUAUGACUGUUGUUGGGAACGGUUUUCUGAUGUCUGUGAUUUACCUGGUGAAGACUCUUCAUUCUGCUAAAUACAUGAUUGUGUUCAGCCUGGCUUUAACAGAUCUGUGUGGCAGCACUGCUCUCAUCCCUAAAGUCCUGGACACGUUCUUGUUUGACAGGAGGUACAUUGUCUAUGAGGCGUGUUUGAGUUACAUGUUCUUUGUGUGGUUCUUUGCCUUCGUACAGUCGUGGACACUCGUAACUAUGUCUUUUGACAGGUUCGUAGCAAUUUGCUUUCCUUUGAGGUACCACAGUAUUGUGACCAAACCAGUUGUGGCUGUAAUUCUUUUCUUUGUUUGGUUUUGCUCAUCAAGUCUCUUAGCUAGUGAUGUUGGGCUCAUCAAUCGUCUCUCUUUUUGUGGGUCCUUAGUGGUACAAAGCUUUUUCUGUGACCAUGGGCCAGUAUAUUAUCUGGCCUGUAAUGACACAUCUGUAAAUGACCACAUUGGAAAUUUCGUUAUUGCUGUAAUCAUGUGUAUUCCUUUAGUAUUGAUAGCCUUAACGUAUGUUUGUGUUGCUGUUGCUCUGAGCAGGAUUACAUCAGGAGCUGAGCGGCUAAAAGCUGUGCAAACUUGUACUUCUCAUAUUAUUCUUGUUGCUAUAUUUUUCCUACCAUUACUGGGCACAAACGUAGCUGUUAUGACGUCCUACCUUCACCCUAACACUAGGAUCAUCAACUCUACUUUGACACACACUAUUCCAGCUCUCCUCAACCCCAUCAUCUACUCUUUAAAGACCGAAGAAGUGAUGACCUCUGUCAGAAGGCUGUUUAAAAACAAUAGGCUAAGAAAUGUGAAGUUAUCAACAUUAUAAAAGUGUUAAAACUAAAUACUUUGUCAGGACUUCAUUCGUUGUGAUGUGUUGUUUUAAUGUUUUGUGUUGUGCGGAUACUGUAGCAAAAACUCAAAUCCCAUUCACAUGCUGAAUUUUGUCAGGAACCUUUACAAAAACAAGAUGACUUGAACCACCUUCUCCAAUGAUCUAAAUGUACAGUAACUGCUGUGUUGAUAAAUUAAAGGGUCAAAAUUGCAUAAACAUUCAAAUGUGUAAAAUAAAAUCUCUAGAAUUACAGUAUUACUUUAAAGCUCUAAGGGUUUGUCACUGACUGUGUGAAACAAAAUGAUUUGAAAUGUGGCUCAGUGCAGCAGCUGUCAUCAAGGAAGUUAUAGAAACACAUUAUGAAUGAGACUGAAUAUGUUUGGUUUCACAUGAGACAUGGGUAAACAUAAACUACAACAUGCUAAGAAACAAAGUGGUUUACCUUUGUCUUCACCUCCUGUCUAACCUCACUACCUCCCAUGUGUUAUCCUAUGAAUGUUGUAUUUGCUUCUUUAUGCAAAAUAGUCAAACACAACCUUGAAUCCAAAGAUUUUCCAUUAUAACCUAAUCAGUCAGAGUUUCUUAUUAUAAGUAUGUGUCAGAAAAACAUCAAUGCAGGAAAACAUUACCUUUAAAAUAUUGUUUCAAUGAAUAAUCACAGCCGUGAGUUACAAAAGACGAUGGAAUCAAAAACAUGAUUUCUAAAAUAAGAGGGUUACAACAAUUAAAUGAUAAAAAAACAACCCAGAAUAUUCCAGAGUAGAGAGAGUUUUAUUGUUGUCUCUUUUUUAAACUUGGUGAAUAGAAAGCUCAGGAGACGCACAGAGAUGCAGCUACCUGUCCUUCUGCUGCCCACAAUGAAAGACCUACACAAUAAAAGCAUUUGUCUCAUGGUACAACUUGCUUUAGAGAAGCCAGUAGUUCUUGUUACUGUACUUACUAAAGCAUACAUUGAUUGCUCUGUGUAGCUACUGUGAUAUUCUCUGCUUUACCCAGGUAAUUGUAAUUGGUUUACUAUGUUAAACGAUACAUUUGUUCGUCCUGCAGCGUUUUAUCUUAACGGGUUUUCCGACCUGCCUCAUGCGAAGACUCUUCAUUCUGCUAAAUACAUGAUUGUGUUCAGCCUGGCUUUAACAGAUCUGUGUGGCAGCACUGCUCUCAUCCCUAAAGUCCUGGACACGUUCUUGUUUGACAGGAGAUACAUUGUCUAUGAGGCUUGUUUGAGUUACAUGUUCUUUGUGUGGAUAUUUGCCUUCGUACAGUCGUGGA